AUGAUAUUGGCCGGGCGGCAUAGGUUACGUCGAGUUGCCCCUUUGACACGACCGCCGGCCCAGUCAGCGGCCUCUCCCGAAGAUGAAGAAGAGGAGGAGGACGAGACGAGAACUGAGGUUACUCCAAGCCUGAGAAUGCGAAUAAGUGAUUCGACUCAAUCACGUCUAAUGCUUGAGCCCAGCCUUUUGGAUCCCAGGCAGUUGCCGAAUCCUGUAGUCUCAGGAGAGUUAGUAAAAGAGUUUAUGUUGCCACAGCAACAAAAGAAAAAACAACAAUAUUUACAGCAUUCACUCCCUGCACAGAUGCCACUCAUAUCUGUGGCUGAUGGAUCUGAAGUUUCUCCAUCUACGUCCACACCCUCUCCUCCUUCGCUUCCUCAACAACAGUCCGCGUCGAUGCUUGGAUUGAGGACUGCGACAACGCCUACGAAUGCGUCUUAUGAGCAGAUCAACUGUGAGCCUUUUUUUUCUAAGAGAGAAACUUUAUGGUUGCAUUUUCUUGCUUCAAUAAAUAUAAUUGGACAUAGCCAUUUUGCGUAG